AUGGAAGAUGGAAAUAACUCUAUAUACUUUGGAACUAUUCUCGUCAGACCAAUUAGUACCAAACCUGAAGAUUCGUUUCGCAGGGUUUUUCUUUUCUUUUUUCAGGCUGUGCACAUUGUUUUUAUUAUUUUUAUUUUAGUUACCUCCUUUAUCAGGUGUUUAGGGAUAUUGCAGUGCUAUGGUUUUAUCAGGUGCUUGUAUAGUGCUUGUAUAGGGGUCAAUGAUAAUGACUACGGUUGGAUCAGAUUAGGAGAUAAUGUUAGUGACUUACUUAAUAAUAUAUAUAUAAGGUCUAUUAGUCUCGUUACUUUUCUCUGCAUUAGUGGUCUUGUUUGUUGGUGUGACUUAUCUUGUCCUGAUUAA